GCACAAACCAAACAAGCCGGCUGUCAUCAGUCGCGGAGUGAGUCACGCGUCGCGCCAAUGAUGUGCUUAAGUACGUCUCGACCUCCUUCUUCCGUCGCUGCUUCGAAGAUCAACGAUCUCUAGCUUAUAUUCGCCGUAUAUACCCAUACUCUCCAACCAUCGGAAUAUGAGUCAGUUCGUCACUGUCCAAGUUGGACAAUGCGGCAAUCAAAUCGGCUCGGCCUUCUGGCCGCUCGUGCUGCACGAAUAUGGUGUACAGACCACCAGCGGUUCUGUCAAUUUACUCAAGACUCACAAGAACUAUGGGAGGAACAGCAAGGAACUCGCCGAGGCUUUUAACAGCUUCUUUCACGUGCCGGAUCAUCGGGGAGACUUUGCUUUCAAGCAUGUCUCCGAUUUGGAGUUGGCUCGGGUUAAAGCUAGAGCAGUACUGAUCGACAUGGAAGACAGUGUAGUUGGAAGAUUUCGACAAGGCCCUCUGAGAAAUCUAUUCGAUCAAACUUGCACCGUGACAAAUUAUCCGGGAUCUGGCAACAACUGGGCAGUUGGUUACUAUACUCAUGGCAUAGAGUAUCAUAACAAAUUGGAAGAGACAAUAAGGCGGACAGUUGAAAAAUGUGAUUGCCUACAUGGCUUUUUAGUGACGCACUCAUUAGGAGGAGGAACUGGCUCUGGUUUAGGGACUGCCACCUUGAAAUUGUUGGAUGAUUAUUACCCUCAAGUUGACAGAUUUGUCUCCUGUGUAUAUCCAGCAAGUACCCAGGAUGUUAUCACAGCCCCGUACAACGUAUUGUUGGCCACAAGAGAACUGAUUGAACAUGCUACCUGCGUUUUUCCAGCUGAAAAUCGCGCACUUCAAGACAUGUGCAAUGUCUACAUGAAUAACAGGAGAGAAAAUGUUGAUCAGGCCAAGUAUAAUGCUUCUUGUUUGCCAUUUCAAGACAUGAACAGCAUUAUAGUCAAUAUGCUUUUACAUUUGACAAGUGGUUCAAGAUUCCCUGGAUGUUUGAACACAGACAUGAACGAAUUAGCGACAAAUCUGGUUGCAUACCCACAAUUACAUUAUAUCUUUAGCAGUGUCAGUCCAGUGGCACUUACUGCGUCUCAAAUUUCAACAACAAAUGGCACAAAAUAUCAAGACGAAUUAUUUACAAACGCGUGGUCCAGGAAUAAUCAGUUGAUAAAGGUUGAUCCAUUACAAUCAGGAUCACUCGUCAUUGGUGCAGCGCACAUAUAUCGCGGCGAUUCAUCAUUGACCGAUAUAAGAAGAAAUAUCGAAAGAUUUCAAAAUAAAGCCAAGUUUACAAGUUGGAGCAAAGAGGCAAUGAAAAUAGGUUUAUGUUCAGUUCCACCUGCAGGACAUCCAGCUUCCCUUUUAUGCAUGAUGAAUUCGACUUCAAUGUCUUUACUCUUUAAAGAUAUUAUUCAACAAUUUGAUAGGUUAUACAAGAAACAGGCUCAUAUUCAUCAUUACUUGCGAGUCGACCAAUUUGAGAAAGAAGACUUUAUUGAAAGCAGAGAGAGAAUAGUCAGUGUGUUUGAGCGGUAUAACAAAAUUGAAAAGCAGAACCCUGUCAGUAUUUCUAGGUUGCAGUUAAACUAAUAUUUAAAAGCUUUAAAACUUGUUAUUUUUAACUGUUAUAUAAUUAUUGGAUCACAUUUGAAACACAGAAACUUUUUAAAAUGUACAAAUCGUGAAAGUUGAAAAUGAAGUAUAACAUCUUGUUAUAAUUUGUGUAUAAAUUAAGCAACUUUUAAAUCACAGUGUAACAUAAAAAUAUAAUACUAUUCCAUAAUUUUUGUUUUUGUCACAUAUCACCAAACGAGUUUAAAACUGUUGUACAUAUUUAUAUGCAUAUAGUUUUUUGGAAUACAGUGUUGAACUUUCUUAUAAUGUAAUAUUAAAACUAAGCAUUUACAGCUGUACUAUAAGUGAUCCAUUUCUGGUAUUUUUUCUAUCAAUAGCUUUUGUUCAUAAAUUGCAAAACUACCUCACUAACGAUAAGAAAUAAUAGUUCAUGUACAUAAAUUCUAUUAAUAAAAAAAGAAAUA